ACUUGUACACUUGUAGGUAGUAGUCGGGCCUUGGUAGGUCCGCUAUGUACAUUAUGUACAUGUACCUCGUGGGGUGUGGGUCAAACCAAUAAACCCCCCAGCUCUACCCAGUUCCAAGAGAGAAAAAAAUUUAAACCCAAACAUGUACAUUCACGUACACCCAUACAUAUUCCCCCGUGUACCUAAUUAAAAUGACAAAAAGGUAUGCAGAUCAGUGUCAAAAACAGCAGCAGAGCCUUACACAUUGUGCGAUCCCUAAAAAGAAAAGGAAGGGAAAAAACGUGUGUAGCUCCGAAGCUAGACUCCUUUCAUUCGGAUGGCCCGAGGGGAACUAUACCGCUUUCCUCGACAUUCUUAAUUCAACCAGAGUUUGGGUCUGGAGGUCGCGGUACUCCCUUUGCUGCAAGGUUGCUUCGACCAAUGUGCCGUUGACUCUCAAUGCAAGUGGCGUGCAUUACCCGCUAUCACGUACCGCGUACAUAAAAAGUCUUGAUCCAGGGGUGCAGAAAGUGGUUCGAUUUUCCUCAUUCCACGGUAUUUUCAUCUUUUUUUAUCUUUUUUAA